AUGAGUUUUGUUUGGAGGAAUGUUGUCAAACCGCCCACGACAGCAAAUCCCGGAUCAUCAGUGAUAAAUCAUAAUACUUCAGGUGCAUCAUCAUCCUCCGGCGGAACAUCACCAGCAACAUUUUCUCCAACCAUGAUGACCAAUAAUGGAUCAGCACGGAAUUUAUCCACAACUACAACAACAGCCAAUAUUCCUAGCAAUACGAUAACUACAAAGACUGCUUCUUCUUCCACAAAAACUACUGGAGGUAGUACUACUGCAGGAUCGUCUUCUACAACAGCAAAAAGAGGCCCUAAAAAGAAGGAACCGGAAACAUCUACCCCGUUUUUUGCAACAUCUUUUAUUCCAUUGCAUUCGGCUUCAUUGAAAGGAAUUACUCCAUUGAUGUCUUCCAAACCAGUGAGUCAACAGCCGUUUAUUGCCAUGUCCAAUGCUUCGUUGAAUUCAAUGCCUCCUUUUCCUACUUCAUCAAAACAAGCCUAUGAUUCGGAAGAUGACAUGCUAAGCUAUAGUAGCAAUUCGAGUGAUUCUGAUAGCGGUAGCAGUAGUGGAGAUUCUGAGUCGUCAAAUGAUGACUCGUAUGAAUCAUCAUCAUCAACAUCUUCGGAAAAACUUAAAAAGAAAAAGAAGCCAAAGAAAAAGACAUUGAAGAAGGAGACUUCAACAACGAAAAAGAAGACAAACUCAAUGGUACCACCUCCACCACCACCAGCAGCAGCGAUGACUGAAAAACCUUCCGAAAAAAAGGAAGGCAAGAAAAUAGAUGAGAAGCCCGAAAAGAAAAGGAAAACAAAGAAAAAAGAAAAAGAUUCCACACAGCCUGUGGAAUUGUCAACAAAAACAGAUGAAAAAGUUGCAGAAAAAUCAAAGAAGGUUGCCGAUAUAAAGCCAACCUCAACAACACCUUUAUCCACAACUACAACAAAUACUGCAACAACUCCAUCAGCAACAGCAACAACCACAACAGCCACAUCUACACCCAAACCCAAAAGAAAAUACACUAGAAAAAAAGAUAAAGAGGCAGCAGCUGCAACCAAAGAUCAGGAUGGCACCAACGUAGAAAAAGAGCCAUCUCCUGCAAAAAAGAAACGAAAGGCAAAAUCUAAAUCGGCCGAAGGUGAUUCUACAACAACCACACCCAAGAAGAAAAAAACAAAAACAGCUGCAGUGGUCACACCUCCAGUUACGUCUACUGCUAGCACCACUCCAAUGAAAGAGGCUACAUCUAGCGCUUCAUUAGCAACAAUCUUACCAAAAUCAACUCUAGAAAAAAAGCAAAAAGACACCAACAUUUACGCAACUGAAGACGAUGAAAGACUAUUUAUCAUGGAUCGAUACGAAUUUCAGGCAUCAAAAUCAUUGAAAAAGAUUGAAGAUCCUCCAUUUUUCUCUAAAAAUUAUAGCCACGAUAAACUACGAGAUGACAUCUACGGAUUGCCUUGGUGCUUUGUUAAAGAAUCAGAAAUUAAUGGAGCUGACAAGUCGAAUAAUUUUAUGCCCAACUCUUACUUGGAGCAUGUGGUAAAUGAACAUCACAAUAUUUUCUCUGAAGACGCUGUUGAUAAUGACAUGGAUGAUGACAUUGAAAUGAAAACUGCAAAACAAGAAAAUGAUCCUAUUUAUGAGCCAGUAUCAAUCUCCGGAUAUGAUUGUUUAAUACCUAUUGAGCUCAUACAAAAUCCCCAACUUUUCAAAACGAUAUUCAGCAUGCACACAUGGAAUAAUGUAUUGAAGGAACACCAUCGAAUGUACCUUAAACAAUUUUUACCACCAUGCCUUUUCACAAACACCACCAACCAUACCAUGAUCGAUCGCAUGUCCUCAUCGUUGAAAAACGAAACUAUUACUGACAAUUCCUUGAAUCCAGAAACAUCUACGUUAUCAAAUGAAAAAGACCAUACCGAGAAGAAACAUUUUGAUAUUUCUGAAUCACGCGAAGAGGAGCUACGUGAAUGGCAACAGCUGAUGAAUGGAUCGUCAGUACGCCACAAGAAGUCUACAAUCUCCUCGAGUGGUCAAACUAAUUCUCCCUCACCACUUGUUAAAAACUCCGUGACUCCCAAACCUAGCGAACCUGAGAUACUCACCAGAACGCUUUCUCAACUCUUCAACCAAACAUCUCUUUUAUUUAAUCAACCCAACUAUACUACAAAAUUGAUUCAAGGUAUCACACGAGGAGAAUAUCAUCCUUCUGUACAAUUAGAAAAGCAACAAUUAAGCUAUUUAAGAUCGAUUAAUUUACGGAUGGAAUAUCAUCUCUAUGUGGAAUGUGAGCUUAUGGCGAAACGAAAAUUAUCUGCUCAACUGAAAAUCAAAAAUUUGAAUUUAACUAUUCCUGCCAUUCUCAUGAAACCAACCAAAAAGACCAUUCUUGCCAUUGAAGAUCAAAAACGAAAAAUGGCAGAAAGAAAUAACAAUAUACCCAUUCCUCAAGUGCCUUCCUCCCUGAUGUUGGAUCAGCAAGGAGGAUCCAUGGAACCUCCUUCGAGCAGCAAUGCCUCAACCGUUGUCAAUGCAUCCCAGCAGCAACAGUCAACGACAAGCCAAAUAGAACCAGUUGCAAGUUCCACUCCAUCGAAAGAGACUGACUCAAAAUCAACAAAAAGUUCACAAGCACCAUCCACACUGACGCCCGUGAAAGAACGAAAAAAGCCAGGCCCAAAGCCCAAAAAGAAAAAAGAAGGGGAGCCAGUUGUAUUUGAGUUUGUAAGUUUUAAGGUAUCUGGUAACCCUCCACCUGAAGAAAAAGAAGUUAUUUCUAAAUCGAAAAGAAAAAGUAACAAGUAG